AUGCACAAAACAAUUCUUUAUUCCUGCUUAUUUUACAGCUGCCUUCUGAGCAACUUGAAAUGCCAAAUAAAUAAGGAUUUUGAUGCAUGUUUUAUUACAAAUGGUAAUAAAGCCAUACCUCUGAUUGCUAAAGGUGACUCUGAGUAUGGUAUUCCCAACAUGAUACCGUUGAAAAUUCCAUUUAUGAAACUAAUUGAUACUCCAAAUCUUCAUAUGAACUUGACGAAUAUUGAAGUCCAUGGAUUAAAUAAGAUGGAGCUGGUGGCUUACAAAUCUGACUUUGGAAAAAACUCGUUUUUUUUCUCUCUAAAGGGAGAUAAUAUUACUGUGGUUGGGAACUAUAAAGCUGAUGGAAAAAUAUUGAUAAUGCCAUUAAAGGGUGAAGGAAUAUUCUCGUUUUAUUUCAAAAAUGGGAUAUACAAUAUUCACCUCUCUGCAAAUAUAUUCGAGAAGAAUGGCGAGAAAUAUUUCAAAUUGUCAAAAUUAAUUAUUGAAUCCAAAUUCGAAAAAAUAGUUUUUCACUUAGAUAACCUGUUUGAAGGUAACAAACAACUGGGUGAUCAGGUGAAUAAUUUCUUAAAUGAAAAUUGGGAAUCCCUUGCAACUGAUUUCGGACCUGGAAUUGAAAAAAAUGUAGCUAAAAUUGUGAGCGAAAUUUUCAUCAAUACUACUUCCGUCGUGCCUAUGAAAAACACUUUUUUGUCUUUCGAGGAAUAAUCACGUUUAUAAAUGCUUUGGACAUUGUAUAAAAAUAUCAUUUUCAUUGCUGUGCAUUAGCCUAUUUUGUGGUCCGACCCACUAGUUGAUUAGAGAAUUAAUAUAUACCUAAAUGUAGUAAUUAAUCAAUAAAAACUCGUUUUAGUUAUUGAGUCUUGUUAACAUGAUCUCCACAAAAUCUUAAAGUAGCUUCUAUGUGAUUAUUUCUAAUCGAUGAUAAUGAUUGAGCCUCGGAUGAAUAUGCAUUUGCAUAAAUGCAAAUUAUUUUAAUCCAUAUUUAGUCAUUUUCUGUUUUAUCUGCAAAUGUAUUUUCAAUGUGAAAUUUGUUUUUAAACAUGAACAAAUCUGAUACAGCAUUGUAUCAAUCAAUCAUUACAUUGAACAAAAUAAACAAAAAAAAUAUAUAAUAAUGAGAAUAAUAAUGAUGUUAUAUAAAGAUAUAUCUACCAAAAAAAUUAUUACGACAUGUGUGAUCAAUCUGACACCAACGAAAAAUACCAAAGAAGAGAGAAAAGGAGACAAAAUUAAAUAAAGGUAAAUUACUAUGUGAUAUGAGAGGAGCAAAAUUUUCGAGCUCCACGUUGUUGUCCACUUGGCAAAAAGUGUCAGAAUGAGACUCUAAACUAAUGUCUAGGGGUGAUUUGGCAACAAAACUCUUACCCAGGUUUCCACAAAUUCAAUAUAAAUUAACAAAGAUUGACCUUUUUCACUCAAUACAAAAUUGAGAAAAAAAGUAAACUUAUAUGAAUCAGUUUUCACCGAUUGACUGAUUUUUCACGAGGACUAGGAUGGAACCUCUUCAGCAGACUACUCUCAGACUUUGAAAUACUGCGGGAAACUGCAGUAUUCCAAUUUCCAUUCACCGAUAUUGAUGUUUUAACGCCAGGUAUUACGCAGAUUCAACGAGGAGGUAUUUUAGGAGCUAGAUUCCAUCCAUAGCUACUAUUCCAUCUAUGGGAGGUUCUUGUUGUUCUAAAUCUCAAGCGAAGUUCUUCUUCAAAUUUUUCAAUUCCAAGGGAGGUUGUUCUUUGAAAUAUUCCAAUCCCAAGAGAGGUAUGAUUACAUUUAUGGAGUCAUUUGAUACAUAAAUGAAUUUAACCAAACCUGAAAUAUGUUUCUACAAGCCGGAUGAUUCUAAAAAAAACUACUGUUCCAAAAUCCAUCAAUUCCUUCUGGUAAGAUUAUUACUUGUUAAAUGCAAAUAUUUAUGUGAACACUUACCGAGAAUCACAACACAAUUGUUGCCGAUAAAUUUAAUUUUAAAUAUCAAAUUCAGCUAGUAAGUAAUAAUUAUAAUCUGAAAGAAUGUAGGUACCGUAAUGUACAUACAGAUCUUUUCUGAAGUCUCAACAGUUAUUGAAAAUCUUCCAUACGUGUACCAAUAGCCGAUUCAUGGAGACCAAUCACGUACUAUUAAUUGACAAAUCACCACGUGUUUGAAAAUACCAGUAGCGGAACAUGAAUUGAAGCGGGCAAAAUCGUCAAUAAAUGAUGACAAUC